AUGCUUUUUCGUGACCAGCACGACAGUGGCAAUGGCGCCGGCGCCGUAGGUGCAGGGGUGGUGAAUCAGCACAACGAAGAGGACGAGACAUGUUCGACUGGCGGGCGGAGCUACACCAGCGUGGAGUCCGCCACUGCGCAGCACUUUGAGCAGCGCAUGGCGCAGCUGAACGACUCAAUGUACCCGAUUUCCGACAUCAGCAGCGGAGCUGGUGGAUUCUGCAAGGCGGCGUUUGGAAUCGGCGGCGGUGCGCACGCCUACCUCACGCCGAGCUACCAGCUCUUUCCCAAGGUCGACGGCACGUACGCUGACAUCGACUCCGAUGACAUCGAUGAUAUGCAGCGGAGCUUAUCACUGGCAGCUCCGACUAGCAAUGGCGAGGAUAGCGGGUUGAGGCGCGCAAGCCACACUAAAAUGUCCACCGAGCUAAAACUCGAAAGCUUUACUGACGGCAAGGACGAGGAGGACGCCGGUUACCUGGCGUCGCUGCUGAAAAAUAUCGAGAGGCACGCUGAGCGGCUUGACACGAAUUUUUACCGCUACCCACCCUCUGAGGUGAUCAAACAGCAGAUAGCGAUGACAGCUCCGCCGAUUGAGGAGAGGGAGAAGCUCCACACUGCUGCGCCAAACAGUGGUGCCGCCUCGGCUGGCACCGGUGGCGCGCCGGCCUCGGUGGGAGAUGACAGCACCGCUGAGGAUCAGUCAGGCGGCGUCGGUGCUUUAUCCCCCUGGUCGCCGUCGCAGGUACCGACGGAAGGGCCGCCAGCAGCACCGUCACCGACCGUUGCAGCGGCACCGGCGUCGUCGCACAGCUCAGGCACGAAGCUGUUCCUGGGCGGCCUGCGCUACGAGGUCAUUCAAAGCGGACGCCACAUGGUCAGCUGGAUCUUCCAAGUCGCCUGCGGCGUGCGCCUGAGCCCAUCCAGCAUUCUUAUUCAUCGCAAGACGAAGAAUGGGCGCUCGAAUGUGGCACCAACGGGGUGCGCGUCUGUGUUCGUUGCCAAAGAUGCCGAUGUGCAGGCGCUCUUGCGUAUGAAUCAGCGAAUCUACUGCGCGGAGGAAGGCAUCUAUGUGUCACCAUCGCCUGAGGUAAUGAAAGAGCUUAUUGCGUCAAAGGACAUUGUUGAUGUUACAGGGGGCCGCGUGCGAGGACCGACGCACCCUGUUGUGAUUGAGCGUGCCUACAGUCUCAGCCAUCACCACGGCCAGCGCGAGGAUGGCGGCAGCGGCACCCUCGCGCACAGUAGUGUCGGGGGAGGGGCAGCGGCUGGUGGCAGCGGGGGCCACCGCCACGCGCGCACUUCGUCUGCCAGCACGGAGAGUAAUUUAUCAAACCAGCACUGGGGAGCCAUGCCACCCCCGUAUGGGAGCGUGCCGCCACCUCAAUACGGCACCUCACACGCCUCGCCUUCUGGUAUGCCAGGCAGCCUGCAACCGCCGUCGUACACGACGUCUAGCGUCUCCAGCUCUAUGGGGGUGGACGCCGUGCUAGUGGCUGGAAGCCUGCCUACCAGAGCGAGCAGCACCACCCUUUACCCUUCUAGUGCCGUCUUGUCAGAGCAGUCGUCACCAUCAACGCAGUCAAUGGUCGGGGAUGCGCGGAUGCCGAGUCCGCCGUCCGCUGCCAAGGCGCUGGAUCUACAGCGCGUGACAUUCCACGCGUACUUGCACAGCGACGCAAUGCCACACCUCAGAACGACAGCGUCGUCCUCCUCAGGUAUGUCCUCAAUCACCGGCAGCUCAGCAGCGCACCACACGGUGCUGUUCGUUGCUGCUUUGCCAACCGAGACGACCCCAGACUACGUCUCGUGGCUUUUUUCACUCAUGAGCAUUACGUUGCCUCCUUCUCACAUCCACAUCAUCGGCGGCGGCGGCGGUAUCUCUACCGUGAGUGACCCUCCAGGUGGGGCUUCGUCAAGCAGCGCAGCCAAGAACAUGGUGGACAGCUGUGCCACAGUAAACCUCGACGAAAGCGACAUCCUCAUCGCGCUUAACUACCAUCAUCGUGUGCUGUGCACCUCACGAGGAGCAUGGGUAGGUCACUCGGCGCAGGACAUUGCUACUCUGCGGGCCAGCGACAAUUCUUUGCGUGACUGGCCCGUCCUGCACGUGGGCCGACGCAUGCCUGCGCAAGCGGUCACUGGCGUUGGGAGCGGCAGCGCCGCCGCACCAGAGACUCCGGGCUAUCCGCACGGCGGUGCAGGGGGUGAGUUUGCUAGAGGCAGUGUCGCGCCCUAUCCGCCAAUGCUGACGCAGUAUCCAUCACCCGUCUUUGGCGGCAUGCCAAUGAUGUCAGCCGCUGUUAUGGGCUGCGUUGGGAAUGCCAUGCCGUACCCGAUGCCGUGGGGCUUCAACAUGCCCUCCCCAUCGUCAAACUGCAUGCACGCAGGCGUGCCGCCGCCGUCGUCACAGGCCGGGAUGGUGGGGGGCACUAUGGCUCCUGCCAUGGGUGCUGGAGCACCGCCACCGCCACCGCUGAAUUUGGCGCUGCCGCAACAGGGUAUACCCGUGAUGCCGCCCCCAUUCCCGUUCCCGCAGACGGUUACGAUUGGUGACCGCGUCUACCAGCUGCCUCCAGGCUCAACGCUGCAGUUUAUGCCAGUCAUCACCCCCGCCGGCGGUGCUGGCGCGGGUGGCGAGGCUGAGGCUGGCAUGGGUGGCGCUUCCGGAGGUCAUUGGCGAAGUGGACCUCCAGGUCACGGGAGCGCCUCAAACGCGGAGGCCUCAGCAAGGCCGAGCACUAGUUCACCUCACCCUGACAUGCCGCUGCCCUUUAGCACGCGUCCCUUGCAAAAAACACCCUGA